UACAGCGCGUUCAAAGCUUAAUAAAGGAAAGAAAAUAUAAUUACAUUUCAGUUUGUCGUAUAUUUAUUCAUUUCAAACAUGGUAUAUAUGUAGUCAUUGGUUUAUUUAAAACUGUUUUCAUAUUUAUAAAUAUAUCUUGCGAUAAAAUUAUUUUAUACUCGCGCAUUGCAUAGUUCCACUUUAGAUGGAAGUUUACAGCUGUAUUAUUACAUAUUUAUUUAAUGUGGAAAAUAGUUAAAUGUAUUUAAUAUACGUACAAACUAAGCUGUCACAUAUAUCAAAAAUAUACAGUAAUUACCGAAAGUUUUCUCACAUGAUAUAAAGAAAGCAUUUAUAUUGGACAUUAAUAUCUAAUAAUGUGAAUGUAUACAUCUUAAAGAAAUAUAUACUUUUGAAAUAUAAUUCAAUAUGUUGGUAUAAUUGAAAAUAAUGGAAAAAAAACUAAGCAAGAAGAGCCAUCGUAAACAAAAAAGAGCACAUCACAGGCUUCUUAGAGAUAUGGAUAUUAAAUGCUGUGAUAAACCUACACAGUAUGUAAUGAUUUGUAAUGCUGGAUUAGUGACUGGAUUGCAAAGGAAGACAUUACAAGAUGUAAUAGAUCCAUUUGUUAACAAAUAUGAUUUAAUAAUGCCAUUAAGUAAAUCAUAUUGCUUUAUUAAAUUUUAUUUAGUAGAAGAUGCUACAUAUAUACAUAAUAAAAUUCAUGGCAACAUUAAUAUAAAUGGACAAAAUACACCAUUGUACGCAACCUUUACAGAAUCAGUUCCUGACUUAAAUUGUUAUGAAUGGAGUUCAAAUUUUCCUCCUGGACUUAAAUUAAUAGAGAAUUUUAUAACGAAAGAAGAAGAAAAUAUGCUAUUAAGCACAAUUAAUUGGUGUAAUGAAGGUAAAUCAUCCGACUUAAAGCAUAGAAAAGUUAAACAUUUUGGAUAUGAAUUUCAAUACAAUUCAAAUAGAGUAGAUACAGAUAAGCCUGUUACACCCAUACCUAAAAAUUAUCAAUUUUUAAAAACACUAUUCAAAAAAUAUCAUGAUGUUCCAUAUGAAUAUGAUCAAUUAACAAUUAAUCAUUAUUUACCUGGUCAAGGUAUUCCUCCACAUAUUGAUACACAUAGUGCAUUUAAAGAUAGCAUAUUAUCAUUAUCAUUAGGAUCCCCAUGUAUAAUGGAUUUUAAACGAGAAAAUGAAAAGGUUGCUGUUCUUUUACCUCCACGUUCAUUGUUAAUUAUGUCAGGAGAAGCUCGUUAUGCAUGGUCACAUGGAAUUUGUCCCAGACAUAAUGACACAGUAAAAACUUCAAGUGGAGUGACUACCCAGCCACGGAGAACAAGAGUAUCCUUUACAUUUCGAAAAGUACACAAGGGUGAUUGUUGUUGCAAUUUUUCGGACUAUUGUGAUACGAAACAAAAUAACGCUAUAACUCUUAUUGAUAGUAAAAUAGCUCUAGGAAUAGAAAAUUCUUAUGUACAUGAUGUUUACGAUAAAAUCUCAAAUCAUUUUGAUGAAACAAGGCAUAAACAAUGGCCCAAUGUAACAAAAUUCCUUGAAACUUUAGAUAUAGGUGAUAUCUUAUUAGAUGUAGGAUGUGGAAAUGGCAAAUAUCUUUAUCAAAAGACAUAUAUAUUUAAGGUUGGCUGUGACAGAAGUUACAAUUUAAUGAAAAUAUGUCAGAAUAAAGGUUUUGAAGUAUCCCUAUCUGACUGUUUACAUUUACCCUAUAAGGAUAAUAUUCUGGAUGCAAUAAUAUGCAUAGCUGUAAUUCAUCAUCUCUCGACCAGUGAACGAAGGAAACAAGCAAUUUCUGAAUUAGCAAGAGUUCUUAGACCAAAUGGAAAAUGUUUAAUUUAUGUAUGGGCAAAAGAACAAGAAAAGGAUUCUAUGCAGACAGCUUAUUUGCGAUAUAAUUUAACCAAAAAGGAAGAUGAUAGUUCAUGUACACAAAAGUUAACAGAAUAUGGUGUUACAUUACCUGUACACGAAAACCGUACAAAAUUUACCUGCAAGGAUAUGCUUGUUCCAUGGAAAAAAAAAGGCGGAGGCAACUUUCUUAGAUAUUAUCACGUAUUUGAAGAAAAUGAAUUAUCACAAUUAUGUUCAGAAAUACCAAAUCUUGUAAUAAAAGAAGUGUAUUAUGAUCAAGGAAAUUGGUGUGUAAUUUUACACAAAAAAAGUGAAAUAAAUUGAUGAAGUAAAUUUUUAAUUAAAGUUAUGUUAAUUAUACCUUUUAAAUAAAAAUUUAGAAAUAAAACAAGAAUAUAAGGAUUAUAAAUGCUUUAAAUGAUUUUAUCUUUAUUGGAAAAAGAACAAAAUACAUGGAAUAUAUGUUCUAUACAGGGUUUUAGAUAUAAAUAGUCCCUGAUAUCUAAUUUUAUCAUUAUAAACAUGAAUAAUGCAUAGACAAGAAAAGUGCACUGUACAAAGCUCACUCUGCUUGACUUUUACUUGCUAUUGUGCUUCAAUUGUGUAUAACAUAUUUAAUAAUAAUAUAGAUUAUCAUUGUCAUUCUAUAAUAAUAAUAAUAAUAAUAGUAGUAGUAAUAUUAUUAUUAUUAUUAUUAUUAGUAUCGUACUUUUCAUUAUCAUUUUCGGUAUUAUUAUUACUAUUGAUAUUAAUAUUAUUAUUUGUAUUAGAUAUCGUUUGUAAAUAUAUUAGCACACCUUAUUCACAAAAAAUAAUAUUCAAUUAUCAAAUAAAUGUAAAACAGUUGUUCUCAAAUAUUAUUUUCAAAAAUUGUAACCAAAUUUUAUAGCAUUUAAUUUUUUUUCAGAUUCGUUAAUGUCAACAGUGUACAUAAUAUAUACAACGAUUGACAAUACUAAACUAUUAGUAAAAUUGUUAUAUUUUUUUAAUUGGCGAGUGCUUGAUGUAGGGCAAAGUACACUGUCCCUUCUUUCUUAAUAGAUUCAAAAACUUACACAGGUCCAACUUCUUCCGGAUCGUAGUUUUUUACUCUUUUAUUAUAUGCAAUAAUUUCCUGAAUAAUUAAAAAUUAAAAUAUAAAAAUUUUAUUUUAAAAAUAAUUAAAAAUAUUGAACAAGAGAGUUAUUUACUCUUUCAUAUCUGGCUCUAUCUUCUUCUGCUAUUGCCAUAUAUUUUGAUUUAGUUUGAAGAUCUGUGCUCAUCCAUAAUUUGCCCAGCUCUUUAGCGAUAUCACCAACUCCCAUUUCUGGAUGCAAUUCUCUCAUUUUUCCACGUAAUUCUUGACAAAAAUAGAAAAAGGCAGACCUAAAAUGACACUUGUAAACAAAACAUCAAGUAUCAAGCAAUAUUAGAAACACAUACAAUGCCCUUUUAGGUGCAUCUUUAUCUCUGUAUCGUUUGGUUCCUCUACGUGUUGGUCUCUCUGUUUCUUCGUGGCCUGUGUAAUGUCUAUCAUAAUAAUACAUUUUUUUAUUGCAAUGCGCUCCAUCUUCAAGAUGAACAAUCUAAAAAAUACAAUAUGAUUUCAUUAAUAUAUAUAUUCUUAUUGCAUGAACCAUUAAAUGAACUUACCUCGUUCUUCACGGGAACUGCAUUAAUUAUAAAAUUCUUACUUUGAGUAUUUGACCACUUUGCUUGAUUGUUUGAAACACUAGACACAUUUCCAGGUUUCAUUACAGGUUCACCGCAUUCUAAGAAAUCAAAGAAAAUGGCAUAUAAAAAUUCAUAAUUUAAUUAUACACCCGUGGAUUAUUUCUAACAACUUUGAAAUUUUUAAUCAAAUUUGUAUUUUACAUAAGUAAAUUUUUAAUAAAAAUUUUAGCAGUACCUGGUGUCAUAUUUGUUUGGCCAACAAUCAUUGUAUCUCUCAUUCCAGAAUUUAAAGAAUUAUCACCCGUUUUCGUAAGAUAAACAUUUUUUCUGUCAUUUGAUUCCAUAAUUGUAUAAAAUUGUUUACAACUUGACCAAGAAAUGUAUGAUUUAUCCAAAACCACAAUAAUCUAAAUAGUAUCAUUGAUUUGUUAUUUUUUAGUUGUUGUUUAUAUAUAAAAAUGAAAUUUAAUAAAGGAAUAUAUUAAAAUAUAAGAUUUUAUAUUAUAUUAUAUUAUAUUAUAUUAUAUUAUAUUAAAAUAUAAGAUUUUACAAAUCAAUUAUAAUUACAUUUAUGGCAAAGAAAAUCUGUAA